CAACCAUUUAUACUUGUCAUCUUCCACGAACAAAUCGCUUCCAAUUUCUUCAUCAUUACCAAAUUCUUAUACAAUCAAUAUAUAUAUAAUAAAAUAAUAAUAAUAGCCUAAUUCACAUUAAUAAUCAUUACUCUAAUAAUAAUCGAAUUAAAUUCAUUCAUUCUAUUUUUUUCAUUUUUCAUUUUUCAAUUCUUAAUUCUUAAUUCUUGGAAUUCCUGCGGUGUUCAAAUUUUUGUGAAACGCUGCAGCAAUGGGAACAUGGUGGGGUGAAAACGACGUCGUUGAAGAUGAAGAUAUAGAUAUUGAUGUUUGUGUUGCCGCCGAUGGUGAUUUAUGGGUUAGCGUUGGUUCCGCCGGUGCUCCGAUCGGAAAAUUCAGCGUUGAAAGUGAACAUGAUUUGGCUAAUAUGGUUACCGAUUUUUUAGAAAAUGCUGGAAGUUUUGGUGCUGAUUCUUGGUGUAGUAGUGAUAGCGAAUCUUGUCUCUCUGAUUUUUCUCAUCUUGCUGAAAAAAUUCAGCAGAAAUUUCACUCAAGAAGACUGAACAAUGCUGGGAUUUUCAUAUGGUGAAGUAUUUCUUUUGCUGGGAGCCACUGCUGAUCUAAUUGGUCCAAAGGAUUUGCCAAUCAUAUCCAGAACAGCAGGGAGGCUAGCUGGGAGGGCUGUUGGAUAUGUACAAUUGGCCCGUGGACAGAUCGAGCUGCGAUGCUGGAUGAAAUUGUGGAUUAUGCUGCAUAUUUGUACUUUCUUCAUGGAUUUCACAUUUGAUUUUGUUUUGAGCAUGAGUAGAUUGGGUGGAGCCGGUGCAGUGGCGCCACUGGUCACUGACAUCCCAUUAUCGUCAGUCGAGGAAGAAGGAAGUGAGAGUGGGAGAAACCAACCAGCUUGGGAAAAGUGGUCUAAUGAUGGCACAGAAAAGCAAGUAGCUAAGCUCAUGGAAGAAAAUGUAGGGGCUGCGAUGCAGUUUCUUCAAUCAAAGGCAUCAGCAAUAUACCAAUCACAACCGUCAGACAACUCCAGUAUAGUUAAGCCUGAAACUACUCCUCCUCCAUAGACAUAGCUCCGGUGAUGCAUGGCGCACCAUAGUGGUCCCUAACCUCCUUAAUUUUAGUCAUUGAUUUGCAUCAAGUUUCAUUCAAAGUAGGAUGCCAUAGUCUUUUCUUUUUUGCAGUUGUUUCAGCUUUUGUCAAUACAAGGUUGAUUGUCAAUACCUAAAAAAUGCAAGCAGACCCUAUCUAGUCUAUGAAAAUUUUCUUGUAAAGGGAAAAAGCAUGUCAAAAUUCAUUUGAUAUGCUUUUCCUUUUUGUAUAAAAAAUGAUGGAGGUUAGUGGAAGGUGAUGUAAGUGCUUUGAUAGUGGGGUUUUUAGUUUUUUGUAGUGGGAUGUGGGACCUUGUAAAAGGUUAGGGUGGUGUCCAUAUUUUCAAUAGUGAUGUAACUCUAGAGGUUAAGUGCAAUGGAUAAUGGUUGCUUUAAGAA